AGUUUGCUCGCGGCGUUUACACGGUGCGGCUCACUUUCGUGCGCGAGUUUUCAACACCGAAUAUUUUUGUUGUCAUUACGAUUUUUUGUUCUUGCAUACUCGUUGCUUUUUGUCGUUCAUUCCCGUUGUCGAAAAUGCGUGAACAAAAUACCUCAAGGCACGAAAUUCCUCUACGAGGAACACGUAGGAUGUUAUUGUGAACCGGCUUUUUUGUUUGUUUAUCCGAAGUGAACGACAAGACACAAUUAUCGUUUGAUCUCUUGGGCACAGUUGUGAAUGGAUUUGUUAGUAACAGCAGGCACGUUUGAUAUGUUUGUUUAAUUCUUUCGGAUUGAUAUCAUCGUGGUUACCUUGUCUCGUGUUACGUUGGUACACGUGUUUGUACGUUGCGACGAUUUCAAAGGACUAAUCAAACGGUGCUUAGUACGUAGUGUAUUUUGAUAUUGUUUACCAAGUGUCUGGACGAUUCUGAAGACGAAAAAUUAUUUCGUCCUGUUAUUGUGCUUUGAGGAUUUCAAGUUACUAAGAAUUGCCAGACAUUCUCAUACGCGAAAAUUGUAUUUACAAAAGAUCGCGAACGAAGACAAAGGUUUCGUGUCUAAUCGUAGUGAGACGAAAUAAAAAAGGUAAACUAAAAAUGCCUUGAGGUAUUCCCGUAAAAUCAUAAACAAAUCGAAUGAAGCUGCUAUAAAUUUCCAUGGUGUUCGGUACAAUAACGGAAACAGUAUCCAAGGAUUUGUCAACAGUGCAAAAUGACACAAAAAGGUUCGUUGUCGCGAACCUUCUGAUCCCCCGCGUAAUAUCCAGCAUGAACAUCGUACAGUGAAUUAGUGCAGUGUAUAUAAAUGAGUGACAGUGAAUAGAAGAUCAUGGCAUCAAGACGUCUUCAUAAAGGCGUCGGGACGCUGCUCUCCCUUCUGCUGAUUUGUCUCCUAUGGAAAUGCAACAGUCCAGUCCUCGCAGGUCGGGGAUUUAAACAUGGCAUCAAACACGGUCAGACGGGACAAUACGGGAUGAACAGGGGUUCAAAAAAUGGCGGUUUGUUCCCGUCGAUAUUCAACGUCGCCGCAAAGGCUGACAUCCAUGCGAAUGCUACCUGCGGCGAGGACGGUCCUGAAACUUUUUGCAAGCCUUCGGAAUCGUUGCGGUGCGCAAUCUGCGACGCAAGGAGUCCCGAUCCAGGAAAGAGGCACAACGUCACAAACGCCCUGGAAUCGAAUACAGGAAGAUGGUGGCAGAGUCCGACGUUAGCACGCGGCGAACAGUACGAAUACGUAACGAUAACGUUGGACCUGAAACAGGUUUAUCAGAUCGCCUACGUCAUAGUCAAGGCUGCCAAUUCACCCAGACCGGCAUUUUGGAUCUUGGAAAGAUCCGUGGACGGCAUGAAUUAUCAACCCUGGCAGUAUUACGCGCCGAGCGACGAGGAAUGCUGGAAUCGAUACUCGGUACCGCCGGUACCCGGAAAACCGAUCUACCUUACCGACACAGAAGUCAUCUGCACGAGCCUCUACUCGCGUGCUACUCCUAUGGAAAAUGGCGAAAUUCAUACACACCUGGUGAACGGCAGGCCGGGAGCUUUGAACCACAGCGCCGCCCUGGAGGAAUUCACGCAAGCUCGUUACGUACGGCUGAGCUUGCAGGGUCUGAGAAGAAACGGCGAAGCCAUUGGGGAUCCAAGAAGAGCGUUUUACUCUAUAAAAGAAAUUAAUAUCGGUGGUCAUUGUCUGUGCUCGGGUCACGCGUCACAUUGUCGUUACAGCGUACACCACGGUCAUCAAGAAUGCAAGUGCGAGAGACACACGUGUGGUGAACAUUGUGAGAAAUGCUGUCCGAUGUACAAUCAGGUGCCGUGGAAGAUCGGUACCGCCCUGCGUGGAUUCCAUUGCGAGAAGUGCAAUUGCAACGGGCACGCAACUUCCUGUCGGUACGAUCCGGAAGUUGCAGAGAAACGGCUCUCGAUGGAUAUUCGUGGGAAGAAUAGAGGCGGUGGGGUCUGCAUCAACUGCACGGAACACACGGCUGGUGUCAACUGUGAGAAAUGUCAAGUUGGAUAUUACAGACCAAAUGGAAUUUCACCGGAUGCACCAGAGCCAUGCUUGCCGUGCGAUUGCAAUAUGCAAAGCAGUACAGGUUAUUGUACUCCUGACGAUUCCUUCACAAACGUUGGCAAGGUAGCCGGUGCCUGCGAAUGCAAACCUGGUUAUUCCGGAUACAAGUGUGAUCAAUGUGCAGCUGGUUAUCGACAAUUCCCAGACUGCAUGCCCUGUCCUUGCGAUUCCCGAGGGAUUUUACCGUCCCAUGACUGCGAGGGGGACUGUCUCUGCAAAGCCAACGUUGCUGGUGAAUUUUGCGAUCGCUGUAAGCCUGGUCACUUUGCACUGACUAGGGACAAUAUCGAGGGAUGUCUAAAUUGCGACUGUUCAGGCGUCUCUAGCGAAUGCGUCGCGGCGCGUCUGUCUUACGACACGAUCUCUACAUUAGAUGAUUGGUUGGUUACGGAUAUGAAUGCUUCUCGCGCUGUUAUACCCACUUUGGAUACCGACAGUGGAUGGCUGGCAAUUGCGGCCUUUGAACUUGAGUACGAGAGUCCAUUUUGGUUGGCACCGACCUUGUACUCUGGGAAUCGUUUAUCUUCUUAUGGCAGUAAUUUGACCUAUUCUGUAACGUGGGUCGCUAUGCGUGGAGACACCAGAGGGAAACCUACUACCGAGCCUAAUGCAAUACUUGUGGGUAAUAAUGGAAUGCGCAUUGCGUAUGGCGAGGAACAGUACAAUGGACAGGCGGCUGAGAUAUCUGUACCACUUCAGGAACAGGGGUGGUACCAUGUUAGAAGUGAGGUUAGAGAUAUACCGACUAGACUCAGAAGAACCGAAUUUCGGGGUGAUCCUGUUACUAGAUUACAAAUGCUCAGAAUUCUGGCCGAUUUGAAAUAUAUUAUGCUACGUGCACAGUAUCAUUCGGAACAGAUUGAAGGAAGUUUGCAAGUCGCUAUGCUGCCUAUUGGAAAAACUGUAGUUGCUUCCGAAGAGGAUAGUGAGACACUUGUUGAACUCUGCAAGUGUCCUGUGGGAUACACGGGAUUGUCCUGUGAAAAUUGUGAUUGGGGUUAUGUUAAAGUAUCUGCAAAUGCAUCUUAUAAGGAAGUACAUAAAUGUGUCAAGUGUGAUUGCAAUGGACAUGCUGGAUCUUGCGAUCUUCUGAUGUCAGAAUGCGGGGUUUGUGAACAUGACACAACUGGACCAAAAUGCGAUAGAUGUGCUAUCGGUUAUUACGGUGAUCCAACUGUCGGUACUCCUCACGACUGCAAAAGGUGCGCCUGUCCACUUGAGAUUGCAUCAAACAAUUUCAGUCCCAGUUGUCAAUUGGAUGAUCCAAACAAUUCCAAAGAUGGUUACGUGUGUACGCAGUGCCCAAAGGGAUAUACGGGCGACCAUUGUGAGAGUUGCGACGUUGGUUAUUUCGGCGUUCCAAUGACACCUGGCGGCAGUUGCGAGCAAUGCUCCUGUAACGGGGGUCCUUGCGAUCAGCAAACAGGACGAUGCCUGGAGUGCCGCGGAAACACAAUAGGCUGGAAGUGCGAAAAAUGCAAGGAGUUGCAUUUUGGAAAUCCUGCCCAUCAAAAUUGCCAACCCUGCAACUGCGAUCCUCUGGGCAGUACCUCGACCAACUGCGAUUCCACAACAGGACAAUGUCAGUGCAAGCCCCUAUACGCCGGCAGAGACUGCUCAUCCUGCAUAGCAGGAUACGGAAACGUAACGGCAGGUUGCGAAAAGUGCAAUUGCGGCAUCGGCGCCCUGGACAGGACCUGCGAUUCCAUAACAGGAAGUUGUCAAUGCACCAUAGGUGUCCUGGGCUUCCAUUGCGACCAGUGCGAGCCCUUCUACUACGGACUAUCCGAGCAAGGCUGUACCGCCCAUUCAAAGGAUGCUGUAAUAUUGGACCACUCCCUUGUUUAGAGGAUGAAGAUUUUACCUUGGUUUCAUUCAACCUACACGACCAAAUGAUGCUACUCCCACGUGCUGUAAAAUUAACCAGUUAUAUAAGACCCUUAAUAAAUACCUGACAGAUAUUUUA